AUGUUUUGCCUCGAGCGUAUCCGCCACCUCGAGGAUCCGACUAUAGCGUGGGAUGGUCCAGCCUGGUUUUCACGGAAGGUGUUGCUCUUUGAAUGCGUUAGUGAGGUAUACUGGGUACAGCACCUCACGCAUUGGGACGGGCGGAAGCAGUUUGACAUGCUCAGCCGCAGACAAGAGGGAUCGGAGCGUGGUGAGGCUUACAAGGAAGCCAGCCAGUUUGUGCAAGCCAUUCUUGAUACGUCGUCGACGAUGAAACUAUCACAUGGGAUUGUCACAGAACAGAGGGAGUAUCUGGCUAGAAUCUGGGACGAGGAAAGAAACAAGGACGCAGAUAUUUCCCCUGGAACUUUUGCAGCGCAUUUGAGGUGGGCCAGUGAGAACUUCAAACAGGCCCGCCCGCUUGUACCUUUACUUUUACCGGUGCGUGAAGAUGGCUUAUUAAAAGGGGGCCUUGCUUGA